CCUGGAGGAAAAGAAGAAGAAAAAACCCCAGAGCAAUUAACACAGGAAACAGGAAGUGUGAUCUGCAUUAUCAUCAGUUUGCGUGUUUUAAUGUGUGCGUGUGAGAGCGAGUGUGUGUGGCGUGUGUGUGUGUGCGUGUUUUAGCAAAAAGGUGCAUGUGGGAACUUAAGCACCUUACCUGUGCCGUUGGAGAAUGUCUCUGAAACUACCUCGGAACUGGGACUUCAGCACCUUCAAGACCGAGACGGCUCGGAUAGCCCGAUCCAAGAGCGUGAUUCCUGGAGAGGGGACCCCCGGGUCGGGCUCGCCGUGCUCCCCCAGGUCCAUGGAGAUCCCCCUGAAGGCCGGCUGGCUCAAGAAGCAACAGAGGUCGUUGGUGAAGAACUGGCAGCAGCGCUACUUCGUGCUAAGAGGAAGCACUCUGACCUACCACAAAGAUGACAAAGAGACCACUGUGCAGGGAGUCAUCCAGCUGCGCUUCAGUAAAGUCAACGAACUCACACCAAGUUCAGAUGAUGCUGGAAAGUACCUCUUUGAGAUCACACCACAUUCGACCGGAGACAGAGAGCGGUGUCCGUACGUCCUCAUGGCCAGCUCCCAAAGCGAUCUGGACGACUGGGUCCGAACGCUGCGCCGAGUCAUCGGAAUGCCAACAAGUGCAGUGUUCGGAAAGAGCCUCAUUGACACUUUAACGUACGAGCAGCGCUUCGGGCCUCACACGGUACCAAUACUGGUACAGAAGUGUGCGGAGUUCAUCAUAGAGCACGGGCUGGAAGAGGAGGGAAUCUUCCGCCUUCCCGGUCAGGACAACGCCGUCAGACAGUUUAGAGACGCCUUUGACGCAGGAGAAAGGCCUUCCUUUCCGAGUGACACAGAUGUCCACACGGUGGCGUCGCUGCUCAAACUGUACCUGCGCGAGCUGCCUGAACCUGUGGUGCCAUGGUCUCAGUACCAGGACUUCCUGGACUGCACUAACUUGCUGAAUAUAAGGAGCAAAGAGGGCUGGGAGAAGCUGGAGAAACAAGUAGCUCUUCUCCCCAGAGCCAACUACAACAUUCUCAGUUAUGUCUGCCGGUUUUUAUUUCAGGUGCAGCAACACUCCGAUGUGAAUAAGAUGAACGUGGAGAACCUGGCAACUGUGAUGGGAAUCAACCUGCUCAAACCUCAGCUAGAAGAUCCGAUGACUGUCAUGAAGGCAACUCCUCAGAUCCAGAACUUGAUGAGAGUGAUGAUCAAGCAGCACAAAACUCUGUUUCCUGUCUCCAAAGACGUUCUUCCUGCUUCCCCUUCAAACAAGGCUGACAGUCAGAAGAAUGCCCCUCGGAGCUUUGUGGGCUGGGAGUCUGCCGAGCUGGGAGAUGCGUCUUUGUCUGAGUCUCCAGAGGAGGAAGAGGACACCGACAGUCCAGGUCCACUAAGAAGCGACUUCCUCCACAAGCCGGUCCUCCAGGACCCAACGUCGCCCGGCGCGGACGACUGGUCCGGCAGUCCCCGCAAGCGCACCCAAACCCUGCCCACCUUCAACUGCCCCCUCACUGGGAUGGCAGCCAAGGCGGACGCCCUCAACAGGUGGAGCCGCAUCCAUGAGAGCGGCGAGGAGAAGAGUGGAACUUUGUCUGAGGACAUUUUCAAAAUCCUGGACCUGCGGACUUCGGGGUCGUUUUUUGGAGUUACUCAGAUGAGCGUCCAGGAGGAUGGGAGCAGGUUAACAGAGCGGAGGGGAAGCGACAACACGAGUUCUUCUUCCACCGCCGCCCCCCAGAAACCUGAGAGCAGCCUUCAGCCUGCGAAGGUGCUGACUCACCAAAAGAGCGUGGACAGCCUGAUGGCGAACAGAGCGGUGCGGCAGGUCAACAGCAAGCCUGAACAGAAGGAUGACCCUGAACAGCUUGCUAAAACGAUGGAACAGCAGAACAAGGAGCUGAAGGCCGCUGUGGCGGAGCUCCAGGCUGCUCUGGAGGAAGAGCGCUGCCAUGUGGCUGCUCUAGAGAUCUGCUUGAAGAAUGCAGAACGCAGCAGAGAUGAGGCCCAGAGACGCAACGACGAGCUGCAAAGAGACAUUCAGAAAUUCCUUGUCCGAGAAAAGCAAGGUUCAACUUAAAAAAAAAAGGAGCCUGUCCGAUUGUCUGUAUUUUCUGAUAACAUUACCAGAGCUAAUUUAAUAGCAGCAGUUUGACACUGCUGGAAUAUUUUAUUAGAGAUAAGUUAUUAGUUCAUGUGCUUGUGCUUCUAAGAAAAGUCUUACUGUCUUAAGAUGUUUUAUACUUGAGAAGAUGCGUCCUUACUGUUCAGUCACUGUUAUUUUGGGCAGCAUUGGCACAGAGCGCAGGGGGAAGGAAGAGCCACACCUGGAAGUAAUGAAUCUAAUGCACGACCGGACAACACGACUCUGAAAGCCAUUCAAUCAGAUUCAACAGGACUGCAUAAAAGCUGCUGUCAAUGUCCGUCUCUUCUAUCGUAAGUUAGUGAAAAGCACAAAUUAAAGCCUUUUUAAUGAAUAUGAAUAUUAUUAAACAUGAGGGCAUGUGUGGAUAUAUAUUUUUAAAAUAAAUUAUGCAGAGUUUACAUGUCAACUUUAAGAGUUCGCAUCUGCCUGAUGAAUCUGUUUAAUGUGAAAUAAAUCUCAGCUCACCCUGUA